GCUUUAUAAAUAGAUCAUGCGAAGCCGAUCGUGACAGGAGUAAAAAAAAUUGAGGACUUGGCAUUGUUAUUCCUAGCUUCUAGCUCCCAUUCAAUACCGAGCAUGAAAACGUAAUAUUUACCAACGCAUCAUAUAGCUGCAGUACAGUCAGGGGCUGCAGUAUAGACUGUUAAUUUGCAUACCCACCACGCUUGUAAUCUGGGUGAAGUGACAGAGUAAUAUUUCCAGAUCCGUUCCAGAUCAUACCUUUGUGGAAUAUAUGCGGGCUAUUCUUCUUUACGGAGCAUAUAGUAUCUGACGGGAAAAUGGCGCUACUUUCGAAGGUUUCCUUUGAUCUUGUUAUGGUGACCAUGGUGACUGUUAUCCUAGCUGGCCAAGGCGUUACGAAAGCACAAGGUACCAAUGAAAGCAGCCUCAGUGCAGAAGGUCGGUUGAUCAGAGACCUGAUUGACACGGGCUACGACCCUAGAGAGAGACCGUUACGUAACAAUCGCGAUAUAGUCUAUGUUGAUGUGCUAUUCGUCUUGUUCGCUUUGUUUGAGCUGGAUGACCGUCGGCAAGUUGUCAGUGGUUCGGCUUGGGUAGAAUUGAUGUGGAAGGAUCCACGCCUGUCAUGGAAUGAGAGCGAGUAUGACGGGAUUCAGUAUCUUAACCUCGACCCGGAAACUAUUUGGAUGCCACGGGUCAUCAUGCAGAAUUCUGCCAUGGAAUCGGUGGAAGACCCGUUUGCCAUGCAUCGCAGCUACGCCAUCAUAUUCUCUGACGGUUACAUCCGGGUCACCGUACCAGCCCGUUUCGUCACAUUCUGCCUCACCAACGUGGUCAACUUCCCCUUCGACAACCAGACCUGCACGGUGACCGUCAGCAGCCCGAGCAUGCCCGGUGCUUCCUUCACGCCUCGGAACCUGGCGUCGAAGAUGGGCAACGUUCCGAGCAACCAGUGGGAGGUGGGGUUAGGCGACGUGUACGAGACGGUCCACAUGGACCCCAGAAUCAACAUGAACUACUCCAAGAUUCACUUUGAGAUCACGCUGACACGGAAGUCGUAUUACUUCGUCAUUAACCUCGUGUUGCCGUCGUCCCUGAUCAAUGCAAUGUCGCUAGUUGCGUUCUGGGCCCCUGGACUCGGGGGAAAACUCUCGACAGCAGUGUCGCUUCUCCUCGGCGUGGUCGUCUUCCAGAUUGUCGUCACAGACAUGCUUCCUGUCAGUGAUGGCGACAUGCCCUUGCUCGCCCGCUACAUUUUCGUCAACUUUCUUGUGUCAUGCGGAUGCCUCCUCAGUUGCAUAAUAAACUUCAACAUCUACAAAAGCGCGCGAAAGAUACGCGGCCGUUUCUGGCGCGCUUUCUGGUUUGGUUUCCUGGCAAAGAUCGUCUGCGUACGAAACGACUUCGGCAAAAAAGAAAAAGAAACUGUUGCGAAUAGUCAACCAAAACUUGGGGAAAUCGGCUCGGGGCAAUUGAUUUGGCGAUACAGACAUGGGAGGCAAAUACCAAACGGUAGUAUCCAUAGCAACCGGUCCAGCCCUCCUCCAAGUAGACCAUCAUCCAUUGAUGGAGACAGGCAUCCCUCUACAAACGGCGUUUCGUCAGGCGCAGGAAAGCAGCAAGAAAAGGAUAAUGUAAAGGAGGAAAGGACGGAAAUGGAGGUCGUUGCGGAGAUCGUCAACCGCCUCAUCUUCAUCAUGUUCUUAAUCCUGUAUUUAAGUUUUCUUAUAUAUUGGUUUGUGAUGCAGAAUUUCCCCUCGUCGCCUAUUUGGACUUGAACACAAAACGUUUAUGUUAUCGGUCACAGCUGCAGCUGCAGCACCGUCGUGUCAGUAAUUUGUUGUCAACAAACUAAAGUACGUAGAUUUGAUGUGAUAUUAUGAACUAAAAUUUUG